AUGCAAGAGGAAACGCCAUUGACAUCGCUGAAGGAGGCCGUGCCUGCAGGGCGCAUCGUCGCGCGACUCUCGGCGACGCUGCAGCAGACAGAGCAAGCGUGUGCUGAGCUGUCGCGCCUUGAAAGCCUUCUAUCUUCUCUGUCGUCCGGUGCCGCGGAUCUGGUUCGCGCCUCAACAACGUCGGUUGAUACGGAGAUGGCCGAGCCCUCGCAGAUGACGCGCAACGCAGGUGAACGCACCGAAGAGGUGUAUCCAUCGCUGGAGGCCACGGGUGAGCCCGCUACGAACGAGUCGGAGGUUUGGCGGACCUGGUGCUCAGCAUCGGAGGUCAGCAACGCCUUUCACAGUAGCGGCCUCUCCACAUCUUUCUCCGCCCUGGAGCGAAGCGUCAGCGAUGCUAUGGUGCUUGCACUUCCCUCGAAACUUCAGCGAAUCACAGAGAAAGUGAAGCAGCUGUGCUCUACACUCGGCGAGCGGGCGCGGCGCGCGCGACAGAAGCAGGUUCUUGCUCAGGUUAGGGCACGGUGGACGUGCGAGGCGGUUCGCGCGCUCCAUCAAAUCGCCCACGCCCCUCUAGAGCCGGAGUACGCCGAGGCCGCAAAGCUGUCUCUCGCCGUGCCGUGUGAUCCCCUUUCCUCGGUUCCACAAGAAGCGCACAAUCUUGGAAAGAGUCGCGCGCUCCCUGGAGCUGAUGACGCGGUUUGGUGGGAGUUGCACGCUGGGCUUCACGGCGUGCUGCACCGCACCGUUCUUUCCAGCGCGAGCUCGGCUGUGGGAAAGAACGAGGAAGUUGCGGAGGGCCGUUUAAAGCUACAACGGCAACGCCUGCUCGCCCUACUGGAAGAGAUGACCAUGUGGCUUGUCGACGACACAAGUGCCACUCGCUGA